CCAUGCAUUCACAUGCCAAUAUUUCUCUCUAGCUAUGUAUAAAUAGAUGUCAUCCACAUAUGUGUGGUAAGCACAAGUUAAUUUCAAAGUUCAAAACUUGAAAGAAAAAAAAUGAACUCUUCUCUUCACCUUACAUUGACAGCUCUAUGCUGUAUUGUGGUUGUUCUUGGAGGGUUACCCUUCUCCUCAGAUGCACAGCUUGAUCCUUCCUUUUACAAGAACACUUGUCCGGAUGUUCAUUCGAUUGUUCGCGAAGUACUGAGGAACGUUUCGAAGACUGAUCCACGUAUUCUUGCGAGUUUUAUUAGACUCCACUUUCAUGAUUGUUUUGUUCAAGGUUGUGAUGCCUCAAUCUUGUUGAAUGACACUUCUACGAUUGUAAGCGAGCAAGGAGCUUUCCCAAAUAACAACUCAAUAAGAGGUUUGGACGUUGUGAAUCGAAUCAAAACUGCAGUGGAAAGUGCUUGUCCUAAUAUAGUUUCUUGUGCCGAUAUUCUUGCACUUGCAGCUGAAAUUUCCUCUGUUUUGGCUCAAGGUCCUGAUUGGAAAGUACCACUUGGAAGAAGAGAUAGUUUAACAGCAAAUCGGACUCUUGCAAAUCAAAACCUUCCAGGACCUUCUUUCAAUCUUACUAGUCUAAAAUCUGCAUUUGCUGCUCAGGGUCUCAAUACUACUGAUCUAGUUGCACUCUCAGGUGCUCAUACAAUUGGUAGAGGUCAGUGCAAAUUCUUCGUUGACAGAUUAUAUAAUUUUAGCAAUACUGGCAAUCCUGAUCCAACUCUCAACACAACCUACUUACAAACAUUGAAAUCAAUAUGUCCCAAUAAUGGACCCGGUACCACCCUCACCAAUUUGGACCUAACCACUCCCGAUACAUUCGACUCUGCCUACUACUCCAACCUCAAAAUUGGAAAGGGCUUGUUUCAGAGUGAUCAAGAGUUGUUUUCCACAAGCGGCGCAGACACCAUAGCCAUUGUCAAUAGUUUUAACAACAAUCAAACCCUUUUCUUUGAAAACUUUAAGGCCUCAAUGAUUAAAAUGGGUAAUGUUGGAGUGUUAACCGGAUCUCAAGGUGAAAUUAGAAAACAAUGUAACUUUAUUAAUGGAAAUUCUGGUCUUGCUACAAAAGUCACUAGAGAUUAUUCCUCAGACGAUGGUGGUGUUAGCUCAUACUAAGUAAUUUAAUUAACACAAGUUUGAUAAGAAAGGUACCUAGUAAUAAAGAGUGUAUUCUAGAGGCACAUACAUGUUGUGCUUUCAUGUGGCGAUAGAUUUGUACUUUGUACACUAUGACCAUUGAUGUGGUGUUGUAAGAUCUGUUUUCCUCUGUUAUGAUAAUUAUUAUAUAUGUGUCAUAUAUUUUGAGA